AUGGAGGUGGAGCAGAGGUCUCCCACAACCUCCAUGGAUGUUAACAAAACAAAGGAGUUUGUGACUGUCUCAGGUGGGAGAGUCAGCACGCCAUCACGAGCUCAUCACUUCCCUCCCGCAAUAUCCUCAACCAUAAGGGAAAAUCUGUCAACUUUUAAAUGUCCCGCCCCAUCCGCACCCGAGCUUCUCCUGUCCCUCGUCUCUCUCCACCGGCAGAAAGAACGGGAGCAGAAAGUGGACGCCUCAGAGAGACGCAGACCUCACCGCUGCCCGCUGUGUGACAAAGCGUUCACGUCAACGCACCAGCUGAAGGAUCAUCAGAGUGUCCACACCGGAGAGAGACCAUACCACUGUGACCUGUGCGGGAAAACCUUCACUCAGUUAAGCAGCGUAAGAACGCACCAGCGCGUCCACACCGGAGAGAAACCGUACCAGUGUGACCAGUGUGAGAAAGCUUUCACUCAGCCGAGCACGUUGAAACUCCACCGGCGCCGUCACUCUGGAGAGAAACCCUACAGCUGUGAACACUGCGGGAAGAGCUUCACUGAUUCAUUUUCAUGCCGACAACACGAACACGUCCACACGGGUGACAAACCUUUCCAGUGUCAGCUCUGCGCCAAAACCUUCCUCACACAGUCGAAUCUGACGAGACAUCGGCGCCUCCACACGGGAGAGAAACUGUACGGCUGUCAGCUGUGCGGACGCAGUUUCAAUCAUCACUCCUCGUACACCGUCCACCAGCGGAUCCACAGCGGAGAGAGACCCUACCGGUGUCGGUUCUGCGAUAAAACCUUCACGUCAUCCACCAACCACGCUGAGCACGAGCGCGUCCACACGGGGGAGAGACCGUUCAGCUGUGAGCAGUGUGGGAAGACUUUCAGCCACGUCACCACUCGCCUGCUGCACAAGCGCGUCCACACCGGUGAGAAACCGCACCGGUGUCAGCACUGCGGCAAAAGCUUCCUCACGUCGUCGAACCUGGCGAGACACGUGCGGACUCACACCGGGGAGAAGCCGUACUGGUGCGACCAGUGUAAGAAACACUUCACCUUCUCCAGUCAGCUGAAGAGACACCGCUGCGUCUGACGUCUGGGCACAGUGCUGACGUCUGCUGGACUCGAAGGAGGGUCAUGUUUCGCCAACGCAGUUUACAAUUUAAAAUAAAAAAUGUAAAUAUGUUAUGUUCAAAACAUUGAAGGAAAAUGCUAAACAUGAGUUGUUUCCUGCGUCUCCUGGGUGAGGAUUUCCUGUUUUACGCUGACGUAAAUCUAAAACGGUCAUCUACAUCAACUUGAACAGUCGGACACUGAUGGACAUUUUCACUGUGACAGUUUGAACGGUUUAGGGCUACAAAUUAUUUAUUUAUUUACUGAGUUAAUUGUUUGGUCUAAAAAAAAUCCAUCGUGGUUUGUCAGAGACGAUGAAGACGACAUCUUUUUUUUUUCCCCGACCAACAGCCCAAACUCAGAGAGAUUUGUUUAUUUUUGUUGGAGAUGAAGAAAACCAACAUUUAGAGGUGAAGCUGCAGCCAGUGACUUUCAUCACUGAGAGGGAAUGUAAAUAGGUUUUAUUUAAUAUGGAAACAUUUAUAGAUUAUUUCAGUAUGGAAAGCUCAUGAUAAAAAUCUAUUUAUUAAUUUAUUUAUGUCUGUCUGAAGUACUCCCUCCAUGUAAAUAAACGUAUGUACUUUUCGCUACAUAAAGUUCUGAAACCCAAAUAAACAGGUUGAAAAUAAUAAAA